CAGAGGGCGGGAGCUACAGCUGUCCAUCAGUCAGCCUCGGCAUUGCGUUAGCUAGCUAGCUAGCUGAGCGGCAGGAGGAAUGAACCAUAAAAGCAAGAAGCGCAUUAAAGAGGCGAGGCGGAGCGCCAGGCCGGAGUUGAAGGACUCGCUGGACUGGAUCCGACACGACUACCACGAGUCCUUUGACGUGUCGCACCGGACCGUGACGGACAACGUGGAGCGCAUGGACGCCCUGCGCGUCGGCCCCGAGGAGUUCAUCCGGCGCUUCGAGCGGCCCUACAAGCCCGUGGUGCUGCAGCGCUGCCAGGAGAGCUGGCCGGCCCGGGAGAAGUGGACCCUGGAGCGCCUCAAGCGCAAGUACCGCAACCAGAAGUUCAAGUGCGGCGAGGACAACGACGGCUACUCCGUGAAGAUGAAGAUGAAGUACUACAUGGAGUACCUGGAGACCACCAGGGACGACAGCCCGCUCUACAUCUUCGACAGCAGCUACGGGGAACACGCCAAGCGGCGCAAGCUGCUGGAGGACUACCAGGUGCCGGUCUUCUUCAGGGACGACCUGUUCCAGUUCGCAGGAGAGAAGCGCAGACCGCCCUACAGGUGGUUUGUAAUGGGCCCGGCUCGCUCUGGCACCGGCAUCCACAUCGACCCGCUGGGCACCAGCGCCUGGAACGCCCUGGUCCAUGGACACAAGAGGUGGUGUCUGUUCCCCACCAACACACCCCGAGAGCUGAUCAAAGUCUCCAGAGAGGACGGGGGCAACCAGCAGGACGAGGCUAUCACCUGGUUCAACGUGGUUUACCCCAGGACACAGCAGCCCAACUGGCCUCCAGAGUUCAUGCCGCUGGAGAUCCUCCAGAGACCCGGGGAGACCGUGUUUGUGCCGGGCGGGUGGUGGCACGUCGUGCUCAACAUGGACACCACCAUCGCCGUCACGCAGAACUUCGCCAGCACCACCAACUUCCCGGUCGUGUGGCACAAGACCGUCCGGGGCCGGCCCAAGCUGUCCAGGAAGUGGUACCGGGUCUUGAAGCAGGAGAGGCCCGACUUGGCGGUGCUGGCCGACCAAGUGGACCUUCAGGAGUCGACGGGCAUCGCGUCAGACAGCUCCAGCGACUCUUCAUCCUCCUCAUCCUCUAGUUCAUCUGACUCCGACUCCAAUCCGGCGUCGGGCUCUGAGGAGGCCGUGUCCCACCGCAGGAAGAAGAGGAGGACUUGUGGGUCGACGUCCAUCGGUGGUCGUGACGCCUGCGUCAACAAGGAGAGGAGCUCGUCUCGGUGACCUCGGCCCUCUGCAGGCUCCGCCCACCUCCAGCUGGGGGUCACUGGAGAGCCGUCAUCUGGUGACCUCCAGCUGGGGGUCACCGGAGAGCCGUCCUCUGGUGACCUCCAGCUGGGGGUCACCGGAGAGCCGUCCUCUGGUGACCUCCAGCUGGGGGUCACCGGAGAGCCGUCCUCUGGUGACCUCCAGCUGGGGGUCACCGGAGAGCCGUCCUCUGGUGACCUCCAGCUGGGGGUCACCGGAGAGCCGUCCUCUGGUGACCUCCAGCUGGGGGUCACCGGAGAGCCGUCCUCUGGUGACCUCCAGCUGGGGGUCACCGGAGAGCCGUCCUCUGGUGACCUCCAGCUGGGGGUCACCGGAGAGCCGUCCUCUGGUGACCAGCCGUCAGGGAGCUGCUUGUGUACCUGUAACCUCCUCCAGGCCUCUAGUUUCACAGGGGCGGUCCUUAACCCUCUGAACGCCAACGCCGGUUCUCUUUUCAAAAUAAAGGUCCUGCUCCUCUAAGAACCAGAACCUUCAUGACUAGAAGGAGUUUGAUAGUUUAUUUUACCAACUAUUCUCCUCCUCUCCUCUCCUCUCCUCUCCUCUCCUCUCCUCUCCUCUCCUCUCCUCUCCUCUCCUUCCUCCUCCUCUUCUCCCCUCUCCUCUCCUCUCCUCUCCUCUCCUCUCCUCUCCUCUCCUCUCCUCUCCUCUCCUCUCCUCUCCUCUCCUUCCUCCUCCUCUUCUCCCCUCUCCUCUCCUCUCCUCUCCUCUCCUCUCCUCUCCUCUCCUCUCCUCUCCUUCCUCCUCCUCUUCUCCCCUUUCCUCUCCUUUCCUCUCCUCUCCUUUCCUCUCCUCUCCUCUCCUCUCCUCUCCUCUUCUCUUCUCUCCUCUCCUCUCCUCUCCUCUCCUCUCCUCUCCUUCCUCCUCCUCUUCUCUCCUCUCCUCUCCUUCCUCCUCCUCUUCUCCCCUCUCCUCUCCUUUCCUCUCCUCCUCUCUCCUCUCCUCUCUUCUCCUUGUCUCAUGACGUCAGAAUGUAAUGUUUAAUGUUGUUUACACAAUCUGAUGAAAGUAAACCGAUUAUUUGAAGAUUCUAAAAGACAAAGAAUUAAAUAUCACAAGUUUAAGGUGCACAUGAUGUGUUCAAGGACCGCUGGAGAGAGCUGUUUUCUGGAGUUCAGGGGGUUAAAAGAGCUCAAAUGAUGGAGAGCUACACAGGCCUUGUUGUUGUUGUUGAUGUGAAGCUAGAGGCCCAAGUCGUAGGAAGACUUUCCUGCGAGCUGAUUGGUCGAGGCGUCGUCCCGGUGAUUCAAAGCCUUAAAGAAACAGAAACCUUUGAUCCAAAACGUUUCCUCCUCCCGCUUUGUGCCAAAAUGCUGCAGCGGCCUCGCAGAGUACACUACAUUCCCCACAAUGCACUGCUGCUGCUUUUUGUUUGUUUAUCUCCAGUAGAGGAACUGUCUGUCUGCCUGUCUGUCUGUCUGUCUGCCUGUCUGUCUGUCUGUGUGUCGGAGUUCAUCUUGUUCACAAAUCAAUUGUUUGGUGUCUCCUCCUUCUUCUUCUCCUUCUCCUUCUUCUCUUCCAUCUUCUCCUUCUCCUCCUUCUUCUUCUCCUCCUUCAUCUCCCUCCUUCUCUUCCUUCUCCUUCUCUUCCUUCUUCUCCUCCUUCUCCCUCCUUCUCCUUCUCUUCCUUCUUCUCCCUCCUUCUUCUCUUCCUUCUUCUUCUCCCUCCUUCUUCUUCUCUUCCUUCUUCUCCCUCCUUCUUCUUCUCUUCCUUCUUCUCCCUCCUUCUUCUCUUCCUUCUUCUUCUCCCUCCUUCUUCUUCUCUUCCUUCUCCUCCUUCUUCUCCCUCCUUCUUCUCUUCCUUCUUCUUCUCCCUCCUUCUUCUUCUCUUCCUUCUCCUCCUUCUUCUCCCUCCUUCUUCUUCUCUUCCUUCUCCUCCUUCUUCUCCCUCCUUCUUCUUCUCCCUCCUUCUUCUUCUCUUCCUUCUUCUUCUUCUCUUCCUUCUUCUCCUCCUUCUCCUUCUUCCUUAUUCGGUUAUUCAAGUAAUUUUUAAAGUGAAUAUGGUUCAAAACGUUUUUUAAUGUGGUUAUUUAGACUUUUUCUUUCUGGUCGAACAAAACAAGACUUUUGAAGACGAGAUUUUGACGGUUUAAAGAGCUGUGAAGUUUAACCCCAGAACAUGAAUAUUUAAAUAACUCUGAGGUCAUUCAAACUAAUUAUUGAUUAAGAAGAUCACCGGUUAAUAAAACAGAUUUUGAUGUUAAUUAUCAUUAAAAUAGUCAGUUAAUCCAUAUUCAAACGUCUCGUUUUGUCCCAAAGAACCGGUUUUCUGAUCAAAGGGUUAUUGAUCGUCCUCUGAAUGGAGGCGUGGCUUUAGACUCAAGUGCCUCUGAAGACGUCAGUCGGUGCGACUGGCGCCUUCGUGCGCCUGAAGGCACCACAUUGGCCCCUGAGGUCGGUCACGUGGUGCCUUCAGGGCCUCUCCGCUGAUCUGGGAUCAGAGUUGAAGUGAAUCUCAUACAAUGUGAUGAAUUUCAUUUUGUUGGUCAAUAAAAUAUUUUCUAUGACUUUGUUUA